AUGAAGAUUGAAGACAUUGUGAACGGAAACAAAGGUGCCUUCCUUACCAUUACCGAGGAUGAUCAAGUCUUGAAAAGUGAACCAGCCCUGCCUUGUAUCAACCUGGUUCUGUGUGGGAGGAGUGGAGCAGGGAAGACCUCAGCAGCCAAGGCCAUCUUAGGUCAGACUGAGCUUCAUUCAGCCUCCAAGCUAUCAGAGAGCGUUAAAAACCAGGGAGAAGUCAGCGGACGUUGGGUCUCUGUGGUGGAGCUGCCUGCCUUGUACGGAAGAUCUCAGCAGGAAGUGAUGGAGGAAUCAUUCAGGUGCGUCUCCCUCUGUGAUCCUGAGGGGGUCCACGCCUUCAUCCUGGUCCUACCUGUGGGUCCCCUCACUGAUGAAGACAAGGGAGAGUUACAGACCAUCCAGGACACAUUCAGCUCUGUGGUCAACAACAACACAAUGGUUCUGAUCACCACAAAGUCAGAUCCUUCCCAUCCAACUGUUGUUAAGUUUCUUAAGGGAGAGGACAUCCAGAAGCUCAUCCAGACAUCAGAGAAGCAUCGAUAUGAACGUCUACGUAUUGUUCUGCUUGGGAAGACUGGUUCUGGAAAGAGCUCAGCAGGAAACACUAUCCUGGGUAGAAACCUGUUUGAAGCCAAAUUAAGACAAAUGUCAGUUACAAAGUUUUGCCAGAAAUCCCUGGGUGAAGUGGACGGUCGUCCUGUCGCUGUGGUGGACACUCCUGGUUUGUUUGAUGACAGUUUUUCUCAGGAACAAGUAAAUAAAGAAUUGUUGAAAUGCAUCAGCCUUCUGGCCCCAGGUCCACAUGUCUUCCUGGUGGUGGUACCAAUUGGAGGAAGACUCACGCCAGAAGAGAAGGAGACAUUAAAACUCAUUAAAGAAGGUUUUGGGAAGAAUUCAGAAAAGUUUACCAUCAUCCUCUUAACCCGAGGAGAUCAGCUCAAAGGGAAACAGUCCAUUGAGGAUUAUAUAGAAAAGGACUGUGAUGACUCCUUUAAGAAACUUAUUGAUGACUGCGGGGGAAGGUACCAUGUGCUUGACAACAGCGACACCCAAAACCGCGAACAAGUAACGGAGCUGAUCAGAAAGAUCGACACCAUGGUGGAUCAAAAUGGAGGCGGCUGCUUCACCAACGAGAUGCUGCAAGAGGCCGAAACAGCCAUACAGAAAGAAAUCCAGAGAAUCCUCAAGGAGAAAGAAGAAGAAAUGAAAAGAGAAAAGAAGGAACUAGAAGAAAGACACCUGAAAGAGAAGGAUGACAAACUGAGAGAAAAAUAUGAGGAGGAAGCCCGGCAGAAAGCUGAAGAGCUGAAUGACUUUAAAGAGAAAUAUUUUCAAGAAUUCGCAGCUCAGAAACAACAAUACGAAAAACAGCUCCAGGACAAAAAACAAAAGUAUAAUAUACUAAAGGCCCUAAAGGAUCUCAAUGAAAAGGAAAAUAGAACCAAACACAGAAAGGAAAUUAUUAAACUGGUGAACUGUGUGACAAGAAAGAAAGAGAAUAGGAGAAAAAUCAGAGACAUGCUGUCGAAACAAGACGACCGGAUGGAAAAGGCCGAAACUCGACAGGAAAUGCUAAAACUGGAGAAUGUUCACGACAAAGAGAUAAGUGAUCUGAUUCAGGAGCUUCUGGAAGAAAGUGAUGUAAAAACCGGCUGCUUCAUUUCAUGAGAUGCUGUGACAGAGGGGAGCCAACAUGGCCGACUGAACACAGUUGUAUAUAUGUUUAAAAAGAAAAUGGGUAAUGACGAUAAUUUCAAUUAUUUGGUGGAGAACUUUUGAACUUUUUCAGGUAUUAACUACAUUUGUAUCACAAUCAGUUGGACCAAUGAAUUUAUUAGAA